AUGAAUUCUUUAAAAAAAAAGAAGCAAAAUAUCCUUUGGGGAAAAAAAUGGAGAAAUCUAAUACAACAAAAAGCGAUAAAAGACGAAAUGAAUAAGCAACUAAAAGUAUCUCUAGAAAAACAAAAACAAGAAGAAGAAGAAAAAGAAUGCACCUUUAAGCCACAAACAUUGUGGAAUCAAAGUUUUAAAAAAACAAUUUCAUUUGUUGAUGAGUUUUUUGUUAAAUUGAAACCAUAUAUUGAGCAGCAGCAAAUGUAUUUAAACCAUCUGAAGGACCUUGAAGUUGAUGAUCAAAUAUUUGCAGAGAAAAUUAAGGAGGAACUGAGAUUAAUGCUUUCAAAAGCAAUCGAUAAAGAAAUAAUGGAAACAAUAAUUGAAGGGUAUAAAGGUAUUCGAACUAGAGGAAUGAAUAAAAUGAAAAGAGAAAAAUUAGAUAUUCUAUCAAAAAUGAUAAAACUUGAAAGGGAAUAUAAUUGUUUUAUGGCCAAAGAAAAUGUAGAUAAAAAAGAUUUAGAAGAAUGCGGAUUUGAUUGUGAUUUGGCAGCAAAGUUAAGAAAUGAUAUACUUAAGGAUUCAUUAUGCCCAAAUUCGUUGCGCGAUUUUGCAAAAAUUAGACAAGAAAUUAAUAAAGUAUUAGAAGAAGAAUUACGAAUAAGAGAAAAUGAAAAAGAUUUUGUAGAGGAAAAUGUUCAUUCGAAUGAGCAAAUAUUUUCAUACAUGGAAAAAAAUGAAUUAUUAUCUGGUAAUGAAGAAUUAAAUAAUUCGGUAAAUAUUUCAAGUAAUGGUGAUACUGGAAAAGUAAUGGAAAAUGGAAAAAGUAAUAACGAUGAUACAAACAAAAUAAAUGAAUAUGAGCAAAACCAUUACAAUUUUAUAAAUACAAAUAACGAAAUAGGAAUAAAAGAUAAUCAUAAUAAAAAUAUGGUUUAUAUGACUAAUGAAUAUUGUUUAAAUGGACAAGAAGAAAAAACAAUUAAUAAUAUACAAACUGAAUAUAAAAAUGGACAUAAUAAUAUUAACCAUUCAGAAAAUGAACAUGUCCAAAUGCAUUAUAAAAAUCAUAUACACAAUUUCCCACAAGCACCUAACAAAAAUCUUAUCAAUAAUGAAGGAAAAGAAAUAAAACGCGAAAAUGUGAAUAAAAAUGUUAUAAAUAGUUCAGGAAAUAUGAAAAUUCAAAAUAAUAAACAAAAUAAUGAUUGGAAUAAAAAUUCUGGAAUACAUACAAAAAAUGUUUAUCUUAAUGAAAAUUAUAUGAACAUGUUAAAUAUAAGAAAUGGGAAUGAACAUUUAUCAACUUUGAAAAGAAACCCCAAUUCAAUGAAUGUUAUUAUAACAAAAAAUAAUGGCAUAAAUAAUACAAAUAAAAAUAACAUGAAAUAUGCAGAUAAUAGUUAUUUUGGACAAAUGAAUGAACUAAAAUAUGGAAAUAAACAUUCAGGAUAUAUAAAUGGAAAUGAAAAACGUGUAGAAGGGAAUACUAAUAUAGAUCAAAUACAAAAAAAUCAAUUUGUGAAUAAAAAUUACAAUCCUGUUUCAUUAAAUUUUAAUCAAUAUCCAAAUAAUACACAAAAUAAAAAUAUGAUAAAAAGCAAACAAAUGUAUAUACCUCAAAAUGUAAAUAAAGAAAAUGAUAUAUUUAUAAAUGAUAGUAAAUUAAAAUCUCCAAACAAUAUUAAUAAUGAUAUAUACAUUCGCGAAAAUGCUCAGUUUAAAAAUACACGAUAUAUAGACAAAAAUCUGUAUAGCAUUAAAAAUGUUAACAAAUUUUACGAUUUUUAUAAUGAACAACUUAAUAACAUUAAAGGAGUCAGUACAAAUAUUCCGAACUCUGAUAAAAUAAUAUACGGGCUAGAUAAGUAUUAUACAAAUAAUUCAAAUAUAAAUCAAACAAAUAAAGUGGUGUUAUCCAAUUUUAAUGAAAAUACUAUCUUACCAGAUAAUGGAUAUUUCAGAAAAACUGAUUUAGAUAUUAAAAAACAAAAAAUAUUUCCAAAUUUUCACUACAAAAAUAAUUAA